UAGGGCCUCCUUCCUUAGGUACAUAUUGCCACACACACACACACCUACACCUACACUACGCCGACCACUCAUCAGACCAACAAUCAGUCCCUCUUUCCCUGAGAGGCGUCUUUUUUACCGAAGGCGCUUAAAUUGCAGCCAGUCAAUCGCCAAAGGAGCGUCCUAGCGAACAAGAAACAAAAAGCCAUGCGAGGGUGCCCCAAUUGGUGUUAGCCCUUGUGUUUUAUUGACUCGUUACCACCAAUAAUCAUCUCCGACAUGCCGAGUUCUCGACGCAAUUCUCAUGCCUACAGCAAAGACGACGUGGCUUACGAGUCAUUGCCGCCCGCUCUCCGACGAAAGUAUUUUAGCAGUUUAGAACGUCUCAGACUAGCUCAAGAUGCCAAUAAUGCCAGCAGUCUUUCACCUCCUCCUUCUCGGUUGUCGAUCCUCCCUUCGAAGGCAUUCUGGUCUGCUACAAAACCUUCCAGCCUCGAUUGCCUCAAUCUCACAGUCCUAACCGACACGCUGGUACAGCCGGGCUUGCUGUUAAGCGGAAACAAAUUGCGCAAGAGAAAGUUGUCGGCCACGAGGUUGAGAAACCACCUCAGUCAACCCACUGCUCUUUGGUUCUCCUCACUUCCACCAGCGGUCCAGAGAAGAUUGUUUUCGCCAGAAGAGUGCUCUUUCUACGCGCGAGAGAGGACCUCGUUCAUCCUAGACGCUGCCGACGAAACCCUCCGCCGGCGCAGUUCGCAUCCCUCCCACCUCCCAAACUUCCAACGUCGGGCCUCUGACGAAGACACAAUCGUGGUUGAGGAAGAUUCUAAAUGCGAAGAGGAGGUAGAUUCAGCCGUGGAUAUGGGUGAAUACUCGACAGAGGGCUUUCGGUGGCUAGAAGACGAACCAGACCUCGACCUGAAGAUUGACGACUAUCAUGCAGCCAUCGCCGAGACCAACCGAAGGACAGCUUCGAUAUCAGAGCCCGUGAAGCGUACCACUCUUCAAAAGCGCACUGCAUCAUUGUCAAGUCUUUCGAUACGACGUGGUCGAGCGUCAACAUCCUCUGCCCGGCCAAUCUUUGACUCAAGCUCAGAAGCGCCUGCCCUUCCCUCCAAGGCCUCGAGCAUUAAAUCCCCGUCCUUUUCUCUCAAACACCUCCGGUCUCAAACAUCAUUAUCCUCGCUUGAUCCUCGAGCAACUCACUACCAGGAUCCUGCGGCACGUAUGAAGCUGAGAGUAUACCUUGCCUCUCCACAAAAGUUUGACGAGGCCAUCGAGUUCGGGUUCCCCUCGGUUGAAGAGAGAAACCGCUGGGAUUGCAUGCGACCGAUGACAAGCCCUCACCCCAGACACGAGCCAAACCGGACCUUCUUCCACGACGACACACCGUCAUUGUCCGGGGGUGACAGUGAUAAUGAAGAUGACCAUCCUGACACCUUGUUUGACCCAAGAACUCCAGAAGAAGCCGUGUUCCACAUGCACCGAGCUCCCCCUCCUCCCCCUUCUACCAAGCUCAGUACCGACGGAGAUGGCGGCAUCAGCCUGCGAAGACCGUCCUUCAUGCGGAGACGAGCAGAGACAUAUGCUCGUGGAUCCACAACGGACAGAGAAAUGACACUGCGCAUGACAUUGACACGACCAGACUUACGUUCUCCUGAUGAACCCCAGCAAGAGCAUCGGAAUAACAUCAAUGCCAUACCGUUGGAGCGACCUGAACUCGUGGCACAGCCUAGCCCGGUAUCCAUCUGGGACACGUUACCGCCUUCAGAAUCGAAAAUGAAGAGGUUCUUCAGAAGACUGAGAAUGAGAUAAGCAUUGAUAUCCUUGAUUGUUUGUUGUUCGGCUGUCGAAUUGCAUGAAGCGCCGGCAAGCGCAUGAGUGCGUCAGACUUGUCAUUGAGCGAAGGAGUUUACGGGGAUAAUGAUGGGUGAACGUGGAAGCCUUUUCAGGUCCACCAGGUUACUGGGAAGAUAGGGGGCGUAAUUUUAGUAUUCAGCUACAGGAGGCCCAGGUGUGAAGAUAGAACACGAGUAUGGGCAGCAACACAGAGCAGUUUCUUCUCAUCAGAGUGUCUCAAUGACACUAUUGUUCAUAAUGGUCAAGUGGUAGAAAGUCUAGACUCUUGGUGUACGAGCAAAUGAUGAAGGCGAUGUAUCCAAAAUACUAAGGUAGCUAUUACUGUAUUGUCUGCAAUUGUGAUUUGGC